AUGGAUCUCUUGGGGCAGACAAUAUGUAAUAUCUUUCAAAACCCACUUAUGAUCAUCUUAACCGUGGAAUUAAUCAUUGGAAAUUUGGGAAAUGGAUUCUUGGCACUGCUGAGCUGCAUGAACUGGGUCAAGAAAAAAAGGAUCUCAUUCGUAAACCAAAUCCUCAUUGCUUUGGCCGCCUCCAGAAUGUGUCUGCUCUGGUUCUUGUACAUAGCUUUAUUAGUCUCUUUACUGAAUCCAGUUUUAAUGAUGUCUGUAAGAAUGACAAAAGUCAUUAAUAAUCUGUGGAUUAUAGGCAACCAUUUCAGCAUCUGGCUUGCAACAUGCCUUGGUAUCUUUUAUUUUCUCAAGAUAGGCAAUUUUUCUAACUCUCUUUUUCUUUAUUUGAAGUGGAGAGUUAAAAAGACAGUUUCAAUAAUACUGCUGGUGUCCCUGGUCCUCUUGUUUUCACAUGUUUUACUGGCCAACUUGCAUAUUGCUGUAUGGAAAAAUGAAUCUCGAAGAAAUAUAUCUUACAACUUCAAUUCUCAAAACAAUGCAGAAUCUUAUAGGCAGAUGUUAAUCCUUCAUACAGUGUUCCUGUCUGUUCCCUUUGGUGUGUGUCUGUCAUGCUUCCUUCUACUUGUCUUCUCCUUGUGGACACAUCACAAGAAGAUGCAGCAGCAUGUCCAAGGACGCAGAGAUGCUGGCACCAUGGCCCACAUCAGAGCCUUGAAAACUGUGAUUGCCUUUCUUCUGCUAUACAUCAUUUUUUUCUUGUCUAUUUUUAUACAAAUUUGGAAGUAUGAGUUACUGGAGAAAAGCCUUUUCAUUUUAUUUUGUCAGGUGUUUGCCCUAGCUUUUCCUUCAGUCCACUCAUGGGUCCUGAUUCUGGGGGAUAUGAAACUGAGACGCCUCUCUCUCUGUGAUGUUGUGGCUGAUAUGCAGGCCCAACAAUAUGGAGACCUCAGGUCCCUAAAACAUCGGAGAUCAUGUUGCGAAUUCUAG